GGAGCGCAUGCGUAAAGCCAGGAAGCAGAUGGACUUACUGUUUAGUAAACAUUCAAGCGGGCUUUGUCAAGUUGUAAAUUAACUUACUCCUGCGGUUCCUGUUGGAUAUUAAGGCUAAAGAUACAGUUUGGUGUUUUAACAUUCUCAGGAAGUGUCCGUUCACGCUCGACAAGCAUACGAUUGUCUGUGUGUCUGUAAAUUUAACCCAGACCGACUGUCAAAUCGUACAUAGGUGUCUGACAACGUGCGAUUCAUGAUGUGAUGUUUUGGAGAGUUGGGGGAUCUUUGACACUUCUUUCACUCCAGAUGAAUGAAUGACGUGUAGAUAGGGUUAGCUGUGAUGUUACCCCGGCUUGUGAGAGUGAUGCAGACGAGACAUGUGGCAGGAGCUUUGCUGGCAGUCUCUUUGACCGCGAUCUUCGGUUGUCUUCACUUGCUGAGUGAAGUGGCUCGUCUCGAUGAUGCAAGGGUCAGAUUAGAGCGAGCAGUCACCAAAUUACAGCUGGAUAACAUGGAUAUCGCCCGGAGGCCAUUAUCAUUUGCCAAUGAUCAGGACCUAGGUGACACAGAUAAUGAUGAUCUUAUCAUCAUAUACAACCGAGUUCCCAAGACUGGCAGCACAUCCUUCGCAGGCAUCGCAUACGAGUUGUGCCAGAAAAAUAGAUUCCAUGUGCUACAUAUAAAUAUCACAAAAAAUGCUCGUACAUUUUCCUUGUCAGAUCAGAUGAGGUUCAUCACUAACAUCACCAGCUGGACAGAGAAGAAGCCGGCACUGUAUCAUGGACAUGUAGCCUUCAUUGAUUUCUCAAGCUUUGGUUUGCUGAAGAAGCCCAUAUACAUUAACAUUGUACGGGACCCCCUGGACCGGCUGGUGUCCUACUACUACUUUGUCCGAUAUGGAGACGAUUUUAGACCAUCCCUCAAGCGGAGGAAAGCAGGAAACAAAGAGACAUUUGAUGAAUGUGUCAAUCGAAAUGGAGAAGACUGUGAUCCUGGAAACCUCUGGCUACAAAUUCCAUUUUUCUGUGGCCAAAAUGCUGAGUGUUGGGUACCCGGAAGUAGGUGGGCUCUAGAACAGGCCAAGCACAAUCUCAUCCAUCAUUACUUGGUGGUAGGUGUAACAGAGGAGCUUGGUGACUUCAUUGCUGUGUUGGAGGCGACUCUGCCACGCAUGUUCCGAGGGGCUGUCCAGCUGUACAACUCAGGUCGCAAAUCCCAUCUGCGGAAAACCACCAAGAAGAUUGCUCCCAAGCCAGACACCCUGGCCCGAAUUCAGGAGUCACCAAUAUGGCGGAUGGAGAACGAGUUCUAUGAGUUUGCAGUACAACAGUUUCACUAUGUGAAGCAUCAGACAUUUGACCUCGUAGAUGGGGAAUAUGUUGAAAAGGGAAACCGUUUUACCUAUGAAAAAAUUCGGCCUAGAUGAAACUGACAUUAGGGACAUGUGGUUAAUUGGAAAGAAUUUAAGUAGAUAAUUAGGAACAAAUUCAACUAAAGUAAGACUCUCCCGGGGAAUGGUUAUCCUCGUCCAUAACUUCUGUUUAUCUGAGCAAGACGUGCAAGAGGUUUCUCCCCUUAAGUCAUCAAGUAACUUUCAACAUAACAGUACUCCUUUUUAUGAUGUUUUAUUAGUUCUGUGAAAAUACCUAAAAGUAGUAUGAGAAAUAAGAUAUACUCAGUAGAGGUUGGUUGGUUUGUUGUUAAACGCCGCGCUCAGCAAUAUUCCAGCUAUAUGACAGCGGUCUGUAAAUGAUAUAGUCUGGACCAGACAAUCUAGUGAUUAAUAUCAUGACAAUCGAUCCACGCAAUUAGGAUCGAUGACAUUCAUCAACUAAGUCAGUGAGCCUGACCACCCAAUCCCGUAAGAGGUCUUUCCUGUGCUGCAAGACAAGUGAAUCAACAUGGCUUUAGGGAGAACUCUAAUGUAUCAAAAAGGAUGGACUGGUUCUAUCACUGUAUUUACUGGACCCUAGUGGGAAGCAGAACCAUUUCAUCAGUUCCCUUUUGUCAGAUGUACAAUUCCUUUCAAAAACCCUCUGUUCCAUGUGAUGAAACCAUAAUGAAACAAUGUAAUCACAUUUCAAAAAUAUAUUUCGUAGUAUAUGUUAGAUGACCAUGGGGUGAUAACUGACCACGUUGACUGUGUCACUUUAUUUUAGGUGUAUGUUUUAUGGCUGAAUGUAUUAACUUGAAGAAGCAGAGUAGAAAAAAAUAAUUAUAAUGUAAAAUAUCCAUAUAUAUCCAUCAUGUCUUUUAAGAGUGCUCUCAGCAACUACCGAUGAAGAUAGUGGAAAUAUUGAAGGGAGCCUUCCUAUACUGAUAUUGACUGGGUGUAGUUGACCUUUUAAGCCAUGUUUCCUGUAGCUGUGAUGGUCUGUCAAUAGUUGAUAACUAUCAUAAUCACAUUCAGGUAUUAAGGAAGUGUGCUGGUGGAUUAUGCAGGUGAAGUCAGAGUAACACUGAUGUAAGUAAAUAUUGCGUUACACGCAUGAGACAUACCGGUAUAUAUGGCACAGCAUUAUAGGGUGAAGGUCGUUAAAUUUAACUGCUAUUGGCUGAAUGGUUUUUGUUUCAUUGUUGGAAAUAUAGAUUCUACUGCUGUUCUGUAAGAGCCACAGAACUGAUUCCAGUUUUAUUCAUAAAUGUCAUAUUUUUAUUAUUGUGCAAACUGGCUAUGAAUAUUGCUUUAUUUAUCCUGGACACCAAUCAAUCAUUUGAGAAUUGAGGGCAUCAUGCAGAUCAUCAUCAAUGUGUGGACCAGGUCAUCCAGCAGGUCUUCAGUGAAUGUACCACUGUAACACUUGCUAUGUGUAUGUUCAGUGAAUGUAACACUGUUGCUAUGUGUAUGUUCAGUGAAUGUAACACUGUCACUAUGUGUAUAUUCAGUGAAUGUAACACUGCUGCUAUGUGUAUAUUCAGUGAAUGUAACACUGUUGCUAUGUGUAUAUUCAGUGAAUGUAACGCUGUUGCUAUGUAUAUGUUCAGUGAUUGUAACACUGCUGCUAUGUGUAUAUUCAGUGAAUGUAACACUAUUGCUAUGUGUAUAUUCAGUGAAUGUAACACUGUUGCUAUGUGUAUAUUCAGUGAAUAUAACACUGUUGCUAUGUGUAUAUUCAGUGAAUGUAACACUGUUAUACUGUUGCAAUUUGUAUAUUCAGUGAAUAAUCAUUGUAACACUAUGUAUAUUCAGUGAAUAUACCACUUACUAUGUGUAAUAUUCAGUGAAAUAUAUCACAGUGACACUGUUGCUGUGUGUAUAUUCAGUGAAUACUGUCACACUGCUACUGUGCACAUUUCAGUGAAUAUACAAUUGUCACACUGUUACCUCUGAUUUGAGGUGAAUUUGAUGAAGUGGUGUAAAUGUCAGAGUGUUGUUGCCACUUGUCAACAAUCAAAUAGUUCUCUUUUGUGACUGAAUCAAAUCAUGAUUUAUUUGUGUUGUCAUUUUGGUUUGGGGUCUGACAUUCAGAGCCUCACCAGCCAGUAAUUUUAACAUGUAUGUUGGCAAUCAUCUGUAUUAUAUCCAUUUACUGAUAGUCCCUGGAGGAAUCCAAAAUUGUGUAAUCGCAGACAAAAGUGAAGAAUUCUCCUUCGCUCAGAGAUUCCUUCCGGGACUGCUUCUUAACUUUGAAGGUUACUUCAAGGAAUUGUUACAAACGAUAUGAUCUUGUGGCUUUGACUUCAAGCUCGGUGUCAUUUGUGAAAAAUGUAAUAUAUUAGGAUGACAACAAACAGCCGAAUGAAUAAUCGUAUGUUCAAGAAUGUAAAACAUUGGACUUUACCAGUCAUUGAAUGAGGUCAGGGUCAUUACUAGGCCAUGACCUUGUUUGAAGGUGGGAGCAGUGUGUGUAUAUUUACUACAGGAGAGGUUGUACAGGUGUUUUAUUCUGAUGAAGAAAUGCAUUUAUUUUGGUUAUGUGAGUCAUGGGUGCAUGAGAGUCACGGGUGGAUGUGUUGCAAGGGUGCAUGUGCAUCCAGGAUGUAUGCAGGAGAGGUGGGGGUGUAUAGGUGACGGGACAGUUUAUGACCAAGUUGAGGAUGUGCGCAUUGAGUGAAAGGUCAUUGUAACACAAAUCCUCAAACAGCCUCAUUGAAGACUUGACUUUCCUCCAUGCUAUGGUAUUUGCCUUGAUAUGACAUUUAAGACAUAUAAGGCACAUCCAUUUUAGCCCUAUGACUGUCUUUGUAUAGGUGUAUGUAUUUCAACAUUUAUAGCACUAUAAAUUUUGGUCACAAUAGGUGGCCAUCAAUUUUAACAGCUAAAUGCCAAAUUAAGCUUUGAAAUUUGGUGGCCCUUAAACCUUAUGACAAAAUGCCAAACAGAGCUAGGGCAUCCUAAUGUAAGAGGAAACUUGCUAUUUAUUGAUUGAUGAUUGAUUUAGGUAUAUUUAUUUUAUAACGAUGUUGCCCAAUAAUCCAUAGUUCAGUCCUCAAGAUUUCUAGUGUUUCUUUCACUGAAGUGCUAAACGUCUGAGAGCUGCAUCACUUUGGGCUUUCCUCCCUCAUUAAGCUGACACGCCGUGAUAUAACUGGAAUACUGUUAAAAGCAACGUAAAACCCAACUCACUCACUCUAGUGUUUCUGAUGGUUGCUAAUCAUCUGACACAGGACACGCUAUGCUUGCAAAAUGAUGGCCUCCAUUCUGUAGCAGACAGCUAUUCUUUGAAAUGGCCUUCAUGAUGGUAAGCAACUGAAUAACCGGAGUACAGAUAAAGAACAGGUUUUAAAACAACACUGUAAGGAAAUAGUUAUUGAAUACUUUCACUGCUUCUGGCACGGGUGGCCCUGUCGUCUAAGGCGCCACAAUUCGCUGUGCAGAGUUGCACCUCCUGGGCACGCCAGAAACCUAUGAUUAUGUUUCUAGGUUUGCAAAACCAUACCUAUGCUUGUGGGUUUCACCAAAGUGGUAAACAUCUGAGACCUGCAUCACUUCAGGCUUUCCUCCCACAUUAAUCUGACACACCAUGAUAUAACCGGAAUACUGUUAAAAGAGGUGUUAAACCCAACUCACUCACUCACUCACUCACGUUCACUGCUGGUCACUUGAGCAUGCAUGUCAACUUUGUUAUUUUCAACUACAUCUCACAAAUUCAGACAUCCGAUAUUUCCAGAAUUUCUGCCAUAAUGGUAAUAACCAAUGAAAAAAAUAAUUGUACUAUCAAGAAUUCCUCAUUUUCCAUACAAUCUUAGUACAAUACAGUCCAAAUGGGAGAGAAUGAUUGUUUAGGCUGCUCUAUACAUGAAGGGCUACUUGUGAGUUUGUUUGAAGGUUUUUGUACAUGAUGAAUGUGUGUCUGAAUAUUUAAUUACUGUGUACAUAUUUUGUGAAAUGUUGACCUAUAUCGAGACAGGACUUCUAGUUAGUGUCGCCCUGGAGAUGACAACACACUGUGAUUCAAGGUCAUGUGACCAUUCUAAAAGCUUUAAGCCAAGUAAUGACCACAUAUGGUAUCAGCAUGUGUUCAUCUCUCAACUUUACCACUGUCCAUGAAACUUGCAUUUCAUAUUGUUAACUAAUGUACUAUAAGGGUAGCGCUUCUUUUCAGGGCAUUCUCAUUUGUAGAAGCUUGAGGUCUCCCAUUAACUGCCCGACGAAGGAGGGCAGUUGAAAAGACCGAGGGCUUCUGCAACUGAUAAUGCCCUGAAAAAUAGUGUUACCAUUAUUAUAGCUAAAAUGGAUAGAAUUUGUUAUGAAAUAGAAAUAAGCAACAAUAUCGGUUUGAAACAUUUACUGCAAUCAACACGAAUUUCACUGACCCGCUGUAACAAAUAUGGAAACAUCAUAGAACAAACCAGAUGACGUCACAAUUGUACGUGACGUCACCUUUCCCUAGGCGUGAUAAUGUCCCGUCCUCCAGCAAUAUGAGGGCAUUAUCAAGUUACAGUGGCCCGCUUAUUUCUGACGGCUUACGUGGACGGUUUAAUGAUAAUUCUAUUUAUUUUAGCUAUAAUGUACAGUAACUUUCUCUCUGCAAUGAGACAAUAAGCAGUUCUUCACAGAACCCAUGUACACAGAUUACAAUGAAAAUGUUAGAGAGUUUUGUUGUUAUUAUUAUAUACAUGUCAUUGUCUUGGAGGACUUUUAGACAUGUUUGGUACGUUCUUAGCUAAAUAGUGAGAUUCCUUUUUAGUGGGUCUGAGGCCCCAAACAGGAAGGAAGACCUCAAGAAACCCACAUUAGUCUAGAUCCAAGUUCAAUAUAUUCCCAUGUACUCUGUAAUUAUUAUCAUUGUAAACAGGGAAUGAAAUCUGCUGAACUCUUAUCCUUGAAGAAAUUAUUGCACACCUUGUAAGGGAUUUUUCUUCUCAAUGUUCAUCUAGCUUCUUCAAUUUUCACUCCAGUUUCCAUGGUUUCUUUCUUCAACACAAGCUAUUUGAAAAAGUAAGAGAAAAUGCUGUUUUCUUUUGAACCAAAUAUGUAUCUAUCUUAGAAAUGUGUGGUGGACAUUUUGUAAAAUCAUCUGCCUCUUUGAUUAUAUAUUUGCUCAGUUUGAUAUGAGAAAUGACUUGUUUUGAAGCUAGAUGAAUCAUUAUUUCUUAUUGUUUUCAGGUAAAUCUAUAUAUCACUAUUUUCCUGAUAUAUGAGGGUAAUUAUGAACCCAUGUUGGUCUAUAGUCAUAUGAAUAUUAUGUGCCAUGAAGUGUGUAUGAUAUGUACAUUUGAUGUAUAAAUUUGUUCUUGUAUUUAGGAGGCGAUCAUCUGAUUCUUCCUUUAAUUGACACGAAAAACAUUUUUGAGGGCUUUAGAAUGAAAUUUGCUUUCAGUCAUCAGUAGCCUGCAGAAUCUGUUCAAUGUUUUGCUUUAGAUGUUGAAAAAUAUCAAUCCUUAUUCAUGCUCAGUGAUCUUAGUAUAGCUCUAAUCAUAAAACAUACCUCAGAUUUCUGUAGUCAAAGCUUUAAUUAUGGUGGAUCGAUGUAUAUUUAUGUGGUGAUUGUAAUUACAACAAAAUCAAAUUUUUGCCUCACUCCUGUAAAAAGCCAUAGUUAUCACCAGAACUAUUUUCAAAUCCUAAAAGGUCUAUGAACUUCAGUCUUUGAUUCUCAACAUGUCAUGUGGAAGUCAUGCAGUGUAUGGGUUAUGUGAUUGUCAUGUGACAGGUCAUGUGAUCAGUGUCAUGUACGUCAGGUGAUCAAUGUCAUGUGACCAAGUCACAUGGUAAGGUUGUAUUUUAUGGGCUAUUGUCCACUGCAAUUAAAGAUAUUUCAUCUUAAA